CACAGCACGCACACGCCAUAAUCAUACGGAACACAUAAACUUGCCUUUAUCCUUCAUCUUCAGUACUACCAGGUCGCACAAACCUGUGGCUCCGAAGGAACACUAUCCUAUAAAUCAAUUCUUCAAAAAUGGGUGCUUCUGAUCCAGGAGAACCCACCGCAGUCUGUGCAGGGAGCAAAAGGGCUCACAGCCCCAGGACUGCGCCCGCAAAGCGCGCCAAGGCAGCCCAGGCCUGUUUAUCGUGCAGGAAGCAUAAAACACGCUGCGAAAUGCUUGAUGGAGACAACUCGGGCUCUCAAUGUCAUCGCUGCAAAGUCCUCACUCUCCCUUGCUCAUUCGAAGAAAAUGGCGCUCCGUCGAACGAUCGCACUCCAUCCUCCUCCCGCCCUGUGCACACACCAGACAUCCGUUCCAUGCGUGAUCGUGAGGAGCGCCGUGCAUCCCUUCCUAUUUCCCAAAAACCCCAUGAUAUACCAAUGGACGACUCUCGCGCGCACGCAGGUUCCAGUUAUUCAAGGAAUUGGGAUUCUAGUUCAAACACACUGCCACCGUUUCACAGGUCUCAGCCACAAGAGGAGGAGGUUGACCUUCUAGACCCUGAACGGUUGCUGCCUGAGCGCCACAAACCGUGGGGAUUUUUGAAACUCCCUGGAGGAUUUGAUGGCACUAUGGUACCUAUGCUGGCUAUGCAGGCGCUUACUCGUGCAGGUUCGGUUGAUGAAUCCUCACACUCUAAGGUGGACCAGUCAUUGCUCCACAUUCUUGGGAGGGAACAAAUAAAUUAUCUGACCGACAUUUUCGAGGAACGUUACGCCCCUUGGCUCAAUUUACAGCCUUCUCAGCAACCAGAAGGACCGCUUCUCAUACUUGCACAGUGCUGCGUUGCAUCACGACAUCUCGGCCCUUCAACACGCUCGGUAGUCUCUCCUCAGCUAUACCGCCUGGCAGACGAGUCCAUCUUCAAACAGGCCUAUCACCCUUUGCCAUCUACAGAUGCGAUACAUGCAAUGCUCGUGCUUUCAUUAUGGGAACCCAUAGGGGAUCCAACGACAAAAGAGUCACGCGAUGGUCGGCUAAUUGCUUCAACCGCAGUCAGCAUGGCGAUGAACCUCCGCCUCAGCGAGGCCAUGGUAUAUUCUAAAACUCUUCGGAGGCAGAAACAACCGAACGAGCUUCCUAGUGCGGAGCUAAUAGAAGCCAUUGAUAAAGCACGCCUUUGGUUCGUAUUGAAUAAUGUCGAGUCGAUGCUAUGUGUAGGUACCGGCCGCAGCCCAAUAUCGGACUGCGAUAGUCUUAUACAUGACGCUAUCGAUACAACGUCGAUGGCAACAAUUGGGGCUGGUCGUGACAUGAGACUCACUUUAAUCUCCCAAAUGUUCGCGGCCACGCAACUUGGGCUCUCCAUACGCCUCCGUUCAUCAGAGGAAAUUGGAGUCUUCUACAAAGAAGUGCUCGACUUCCUGAUGCGUAUGGAUGUGAUCGAACGUCUUAUUUAUCCCCUUCCAGUUUUAGCAGAGCACGAGAUUUUCUUUUUCACGAUGUUGCAGGUCUACUAUCAAUCCUGCAGGCUAUUGGUCCUGGUACAUGCCCUGAUGGAAACGAAGACUGUGGUUUCCAAGUGUGACCAGCAACACCCGUGGUUCCUCGUCGCAGAGCACAACGGAAUCAACCUCGCACGAAGUUGGGGCCACCAAGCGCUUGUGCUAUCUGAAGGCAUCCUCAUCACUGCGCUAUCACGACCUGAGCUCAUGCUCCUCAGCGCUGCGCCAGAUAAUUUCUUCUCAAUGCUCACCCUCGCGACAUUCUUCGUCAUCCUCAGCAAAUGGUCCGUGAUGGAAAACGCAGGCGAGCAGUUGCCUGGAUCAAGUGACAGCAUCCUGGCGCGGACGAUCGAUCGCAUGCGACAGGUGAGCGCAGCUCCGGACCAUGUUCCCGCGAAGUGCGCUCGGGUUAUCGAGGCUGGCGUGCUCAGUUUCCGGAGGCGCGCAUCGGAGAAGUCAGAGGGUUCCCGGGAGUUCAACCGGCCUUUAGUUGAGCAUUUCGAUGCGGCUGCACGCAAUUUCCGCGAGCGUGUGUCGGGACCUGCUGCACCCUCUGGGUACCCCGCAGAGCAGCUGUACUCGCAUCAGUCAUUCCCGUCGUUCCCGGUAAACGACCCGAAUUAUUUCCUGAAUUCGGACAUUAUCCUUGAUAAUGAUUUCUGGUCGUCUUUUAUGUCGAACCUGAGCGAGGGGAAGGGCAGAUAGAUUGGAAUGGUGUGGUUAAUGUAGUUAGUGUCAUUUUUUGUGUUACUAUUCUGGAUACGUGGAUCUCUACAUAUUAAUGUGCGACGACACAAGUACCUUUUAUAUAUACCAGGUAGCAUGUAGCGUGUUAGCUGACAUGUAUUGGCUUACUAUACCACCUUCCUCCGGGACUGAAUGUAUCAUCGCAG